CUGCCGGAGUUCCAAUCGCGUUGUGCGGCCAUGCGGCGUGGCUGCCAUCGUUGGCCAGUAUGGUGGCUCGUGUGGAAAUUGAAGCUGCUUAUGCUGCUGCUUUUGAUUCCAAUGGCCACGGCAGUCUCUCUGCCCAGCUCCGGUCAGCUGCGUCGCAUUUGGCUGCAGGAUCACUGCAAUGCGGGCAUUUGUGCGAACGUAGAAAUCGGUCGCAAUGACUAUGUUAUAUUGUCGCAAUCGCCGAUUGCCAAGCAAGUGAUGCUCACGUUCGUGAACUCCAGCAUUGCCAAGAUACCGCAUCUGAUGUUCGACACAUUUCCCGACCUGCAAUUGCUGCGCAUGGAGAACUGCUCGCUGGAGACGUUCGAGAAACCGCAGUUCGAGGGCGCCAGCAACUUGAUGAGCCUUUUUCUCGGUCACAACCGUCUUAAGGAUAUACCAAAGAACAUCUUUCUUGGCGCUGAUAAUUUGAAUACACUACAUCUGGAGGACAAUCAACUGCGUACUUUGCAUAAUCACAGCUUCAGUGCCCUGAAGGAGCUCAAAGAGUUAUCGCUCGCAGACAAUCAGCUGGAACAGCUGCCUUUGGGCGUGUUUGCGGGCAUGCGCAAGCUUUUAGAUCUAAACUUGGCGGGCAAUCGGCUGACGGGCUUCCCACGCGGCAUCUUUGACCGCAAUUUGAACUUGACACGCGUUAAUUUGGCACGAAAUCGCUUCACAGUCUUUGAAUCGGAGCUGUUUAAGUUGCAGCCCCGCAUGGCGCUUUUGGACUUGUCGGGCAAUAUCUUGCACGAGUUGACUCUGAACUUUUCCCUGCUAGAGCUCAUUGUGGCCCAGGGGUGCGAUCUGCGUCGACUCACUGUUUACGGAGUUGUGCAUGAGUUGGACCUGCGCAAUAAUUCGCUGCGAGAAAUGCCGCAUAUACCACAGGCAGUGAAUGUGACAACCCUGGAUUUGUCACAGAAUCCCCUCGGCAAUUUGCAGGGCAAUCCUUUUCGACGUUUCACCUCCUUGCUGCGUCUUAAUCUCUCGACAACAAAUAUUCACGAGCUGGCCGAGGGCUUGUUUAAGAAACAGACGCAAUUAAAAAUGCUCGACAUAUCGGGAAAUACAAUAUACUCGUUGAAAAUCACGCUCUUCGACAGUCUGAAGCAACUGCAGUAUUUCUACUUUCAGCAGAACAACUGGAACUGCGAUUUUCUGCAGCUGCUGAUGAGCUCGUUUGUCAAGCGGCGGGACAUAUCCUUCAUGGAGGAUGUUACAGCGCCCGAGUUAGUCGAUGAUUAUGUCGAUGGCAUCGCCUGUUGGUAUGAGAGCGACAAGUUUUCGAAAAAAUGCGACGGAGAUGGAGGCGGCAGUUCGCUUUCAAAUGCGGCCAUUGAGCUCUCCGUGGUCCGCAACGAGAUCAAAGCAUUCACCGAAGUGGUAGAAAAGAAGUUCGUAAAAGUCUAUCGCAUGUUGGAGGAAAUGAAGUUGAAACUAUAACCACAUUUAUAUAUCAAUCAAAUAAUCAAAAGACGCAUUUUAUAAAAUGUGUUCUAUAACAAGUAUCUACUCUCUAUUUUACUCCAAACAUUAUUAUUAUCUACCAUAUUCUCUGAACCUAUUGAGUAAGAAUCUUUGACACAAGCAAGCAAUGGAUAGAUUAAUACUAAGGCUAAGUUAUGACUAAUAAAGCAUAUGGCAAAACUCUUUUAA